AUGCCAAGCAACGAGAUUUCUGUUCUGGCUGAUUGUAUAAAGUUCGAUCUAACAACCAAAGAGACAAAUGGUAGCCGCUUUGGUUUUAUGGUUCUCUUGAAAGUGUUACCGUUGCAGGCCGAGGAUAUGAAAUGCGAGGAUAAGAGGUGGAUUCUAGAGUUGAUAAAGAUUCUAGAGUUGAUAAAGGGUAGUGUUCUAGGUGUUGGCGAAUUUAUCUGUGUGACUUGUAAUAUCUCCAACAGUUGCUCAAUCCUCAUCACAGUUGCCAUAAUUUGCAACAAAACCCAAGUGGAGAUUUGUGCAUCCGCUUCACAGUUCAUGAUUAAUGGCCGCGAAUGGGAGUGGAACAACUACACGAAAUUAGAAUUGCUUGGUGAAAACGCGAUUCUGACUCAGGAGUUGCUUGUCAAUUCAACGCUUAUCUAUUUGCAUUUGAAUGAAGUCAUUCCCGGGGAUAAUAAAGCGAUUUCUUUUCGAGCAAUCGAUGCAGGAAUUGACGAUGCUAUGUCAAAAGCCACCUUUAUGCUUGUUCCCGGCUAUGGACGAAAUAUAGAUGACAGCCGUUUGGGUUUCAUCUUUCCGGCACAAAAUCGAAAUUCAUGGAUUUCCAUUGCAGGAACGGUGAAUACAAGAGACAGCCACGUGUUGGAGAGUUUUCGAAAUGGUCGACGGGGUGCCGGUUGUGAAUAUGAAUUUGUGAGUGGAGCGCCAACGUUGACCAAGAAAUAUCCGAAGAGAUUGCUCGGCACUUUCAGUGAUCGGUCAAACAAGACAACAAGAACUGUGCUCUGGGGAAACUUUGAUAACUUCUCAAGGAUAUCAAAAUGCUUGGGAAUGUCCCCG